AUGGACACAGCAUUCCUCCAGCAGUCUGCAGAGGGCUUGGUUGCCCGGCUGACUGAACAGAUAGACAGCCCGUAUGGAUCAGGAUUCAUGAGCCCGGCUAUCUAUGACACCGCGUGGGUGUCGAUGGUCAGUAAGACAGUCGACGGGGAGACUUUCUGGCUGUUCCCAGAGUGCUUCGAGUAUCUCCUGCAGCACCAACACGACGAUGGCAGCUGGAUCGCGUACGCCUCUUCCAUCGACGGUAUUCUCAACACAGCCGCAUCGCUCCUGGCGCUGAAGAGGCACCUCAACAGCCCGUACCAGAUGCAGGGGACCCCCGUGGAGCCACUCAUUGAGCGCAUUGACCGCGCCACAGCUGCUCUCCAGACACAGCUCGACAGAUGGGAGGUCGACGGCACCGUCCACGUCGGCUUCGAGCUUCUUGUUCCCGCCUUGCUAGACUACCUCGCGGCGGAGGGCGUCUGCUUCACCUUCCCCGGCCGCGACCGCCUGUUUUCCAUCCGCCAGGAAAAGCUUGCCCGCUUCCAGCCCGAGUACCUUUAUCUCCCCGUGCAGACUCCCGCUGUGCACUCUCUCGAAGCUUUCAUCGGGUCCAUCGACUUUGACCGUCUGGCCCACCACAAGAUCCAGGGCUCCUUCAUGGCCUCCCCUUCCUCCACCGCAGCCUUUCUCAUGUACUCCUCUCACUGGGACGAUGACUGCGAGCAGUACCUCCGCCACGUCCUCCACUGUGCCGCAGGCCACGGGUCGGGCGGAGUGCCCAGCGCCUUCCCCUCCACCAUCUUCGAGCUGACCUGGGGGCUCUCGACUCUCCUCGGCGCCGGCUUCGAUCUACAGCCAGACACGUCAGCUCCCGUCUCCAAAGCAUGUGCUUACCUGGCUUCCUCAUUCACCGCACAGGGAGGCACCGUCGGCUUCCUGCCAGGCGUGGGUGCUGAUGCAGACGACACGGCCAAAACAAUCCUGACGUUGCGCCUUCUCGACCGGGAGGUGUCAUGUGACCCCAUGCUGGACGCGUUCGAGACGCGUCACCACUUCCGCACGUAUCCUCACGAGCGAGAUCCCAGCUUCUCGGCCAACUGCAACGUACUGCUGGCGUUGGUCAAUGCUACAGAGGUGGAGAGGUACACGGCGCAGAUCGACAAGGCCAGUCGUUUCCUGUACACGCAGUUUCGAAACAGUCAGUUGAACGUACGAGACAAAUGGAAUUUGAGUCCAUUCUACUCCUGGAUGCUGAUGGCUCAGGCUGUCGCGAGGCUAUGGGAUCUCUGGCACCAGGGGGGGGUGCAGUCGCUGUCGAAUGAGCUGGUCGCGACGGAGUUACCAGGGCUGCUGAGUGAGAUGGUAGCCUGCCUUGUCAAUCAGCAGAAUACAACCGGAUCGUGGGGGGCGAGAGGGUCCAGAGAGGAGACAGCAUAUGCAGUGCUGACUCUAGCGUAUGCGGUGCCUCUCGAGGCGUCCAGGGAGACGCGUCAGGCUAUCCGAACAGCAAUUGUCAGGGGGAGUGCGUAUCUUGCCUCGCUGGAUUGCGGGGAUGGUAUUGAUCGGUUGUGGGUGGAAAAGGUCACCUACGGGUCCGAAGUUCUAUCUGAAGCCUAUACUCUAGCCGCCUUGAAAAAGGCCGCCAACCUGCUUGAAGAAGAGCCGGAAUCUGUCCAGGUGAACGGCGUUUCCGCCAAGUUGAAUGGAGUGAAGGUAGAGAUCGAGGAAGUUGUGGACAGCUCCACCAACGGCCAGGUGCAGGCACCUAACGGCUUCCAACCCAAGAUCGACGGUGUGGAAAGCGAUAAGUCUCCUCUCCCGGUCGCCGAUACCGGUAGACACUGCCGACCGCCAGCAUGGACCAUGGAACAGGAACAGAUCCUCCUCGGGCCGUUUGAAUAUCUCGAAACCAUGCCUGGGAAGGGGAUACGCUCGCAGUUCAUCCAUGCCUUCAACACGUGGCUUCAGAUUCCCGGCACGAGCUUAGAGGUGGUAGACAAGGUCGUCAGUAUGCUGCACACAGCAUCUCUGCUUGUGGAUGAUAUUGAAGACAACUCGAACUUGCGCCGAGGGCUGCCUACUGCGCAUCGGAUCUUCGGUACAGCCCAGACCUUCAACUCGGGGAACUAUGUCUACUUCCUCGCUCUACGUGAGAUUGAGAGCCUGAGAAACCCCCAGGCGGUGUCUAUCUACGUCGAUUCCCUGAUUCACCUGCAUCGCGGUCAGGGCAUGGACCUUUUCUGGCGAGACUCCCAGAUCUGUCCUACGGAGGAAGAAUACCUCGACAUGGUUGCCAACAAGACCGGGGGCCUGUUUUGUCUUGCUGUGCAACUCAUGCAAGCAGAGAGCAGUGUUCAAGUAGAUUUUGUUCCUCUCGUGCGUCUGCUGGGGGUCAUUUUCCAGAUCUGCGACGACUACCUGAACCUCCAGUCGACCACGUACACCCACAACAAGGGUUUGUGCGAGGACCUCACUGAGGGAAAGUUCUCCUUCCCCAUUAUCCACAGCAUCCGGGCCAAUCCCGGUAAUCGACAACUCAUCAACAUUCUCAAGCAGAAACCCGAAGAGGACGACAUCAAACGCCAUGCGCUUGCCUACAUGGAAACAACCAAUACAUUCCAGUAUACGCGGGAUUUCGUCAGAGAGCUGAAAGCUCAAGCCAUGGAAUUGAUAGAGCAGUUUGAGCAGCAGGGUUUCCAGAAGAACCAUGAGUUUAGAAGAAUCCUCGCCCGCAUGUCUCUUGAUUGA